AUGACCCCCCCACCAACCUCGCUCCCCAACAGCGAACCCGCCCCAACCCGCAACGUCAUCCUCCUCUCAACCCGCCUUGGUCCGGCCACCACGUCGCAAGUCGCGGUCGAAUCGGGCGACGUCGUUGCGGUAGACGUCGAGCUAGCAUCUGGAGAACAGGCGAGAAUUCUUCUCGAAACGACGAUCCUUCCGCCGCUCCUCGCCGCGACGCCUCGCUCUUCACUUGUACUCGUCGCUGGCAACUUCAACCUGUCACACCCCAAUUGGGACGAGUCAGUUGACGAACCAGACGACGAGGCAGAAAGAGCGGUGCGCACCUUCGUAGCGCACAACCUCACCCAUUUCCUCCCACCCAACACGCCCACCUACUACCCGCACACCAAGUCGCACCCGCCAAAGCCACUCAACCUCGUACUCGGCUCGCUGCGCGCAGAAGACCGAGUCGUCAGCUGCGGCAUCGCCGAUGACCUUGAAUCCGGCUCCCACCACCGCCCAGUUCGGCUCGUCCUUGCCCUCGAGACCGUCGCCUACACCCCACCACCUCGCCGCGCCUUCCGCCGCACCGACCCCGAGCUCCUUGAACGCGCCUUCCGUGACGCAACCGCCCACCUUCCUACCCCCCCGAUCCUCACCUCCGCCGACAUCGACCAGCGCGCAGCCGAACUCACCAACGCCCUCCAGAUCGCCAUCUCCGCCGCUACGCCCUUCGCACGGGCGCGAGCCGGUUGA